UUUUGACACGCGUAGGGCGAAAUCAUUGAGUAAUCGACCAAUCGAACUCAGCAAACCUGUUCAGCUCUCCCCGUCCCGUCCACUGACAUUUUCCCAAGCUUACUUUUUCCAGGAAAGCUUCUCCAGACUCCAUCGCCAACACUUCUGCCUUCUUCAGAUUCGCCGGAAAACUGCUUUUCUAGUGACCCUCGGUCUGAAGUUCCAAUUCAACCAACAUCAUUGUAGCUAUGUGAGAAGAUGGAUAGAGCAAGAUCAAAUAUGAGGCCCCGUUUCUCAGGUUCAACACCAUCUGAGGAAUCAGCUUUGGACCUUGAAAAAUAUGGCUGCAGUCAUUCCAAUUUGCCUUCAUUUAGUCCACCAACACUCCAACCUUAUGCAUCGGCUGGACAACACUCUGAGAGUAGUGCUGCAUACUUCUCUUGGCCCAGUCGAUUAAAUGAUGAUGCAGAAGAGAGGGCAAAUUAUUUUGCAAAUCUGCAAAAAGAGGUUCAACCAGAAACUCAAGAUAGAUUACCAGAAGGGCAGCGAGCAAGAACUUUGCUUGACUUGAUGACUAUAAGGGCUUUCCAUAGCAAGAUUUUGCGUUGUUACAGUCUUGGCACUGCAAUCGGGUUUCGUAUCCGACGUGGUGUUUUAACAGAAAUUCCAGCUAUACUAGUGUUUGUGUCCCGGAAGGUUCACAAACAAUGGCUUAGUCCUAUACAAUGUCUUCCUUCUGUUCUAGAGGGUCCAGGAGGUGUUUGGUGUGAUGUAGAUGUCGUGGAAUUUUCCUAUUUUGGUGCACCAGAGCCUACUCCAAAGGAACAAUUGUACACAGAGAUAGUAGAUGACCUGCGGGGAAGUGAUCCAUGCAUUGGUUCAGGCUCUCAGGUGGCAAGCCAGGAGACCUAUGGAACAUUGGGUGCUAUUGUAAGAAGCCAAACAGGCAAUCAACAAGUUGGUUUCCUCACAAACCGGCAUGUUGCAGUUGAUUUAGAUUACCCAAAUCAAAAGAUGUUUCACCCUUUGCCACCAACUCUUGGACCGGGGGUAUAUCUUGGUUCUGUUGAGAGGGCUACAUCUUUCAUUAGAGAUGACCUUUGGUAUGGCAUUUUUGCUGGCUUAAAUCCAGAGACAUUUGUAAGAGCAGACGGUGCAUUCAUUCCUUUCACAGAUGAUUUUGACAUGAUUGCAGUGACGACAUCUGUGAAAGGCAUUGGAGAGAUAGGAGGUGUCAAGAUCAUAGACUUGCAAGCUUCCAUCAAUAGUCUUAUCGGGAAGCAGGUGAUGAAGGUUGGAAGGAGUUCUGGAUUCACUACUGGGACUGUGUUGGCAUAUGCCCUUGAAUAUAAUGACGAAAAGGGGAUAUGCUUCUUAACUGACUUUCUGGUGGUCGGAGAGAACCAACAGACGUUUGACCUUGAAGGAGACAGCGGUAGCCUAAUCAUCUUAAAGGGUGAGAAUGGGGAGAAAGCUCGACCAGUCGGGAUCAUAUGGGGUGGAACUGCAAAUAGGGGUAGGCUUAAAUUAAAAGUCGGCCAACCGCCAGAGAAUUGGACUAGCGGGGUUGACCUGGGACGUUUGCUCAAAUUCCUCGAACUUGAUCUCAUCACAACCGAGGAAGCUUUGAAAGUUGCAGUACAGGAACAACGAGUUGCUUCAGCAACAAUGGUUGGGUCCACAGUGGGCGAUUCCUCGCCUCCUGAUGUGAUGCUCCUAAAGGACAAAAUGGUGGAGCCCUUGGGACUUCAUAUCCAACCGAUUCCAAUCGAAGAUGCAGCUGGUGGUGGCCCCGAUAUAAACUCAUCCCCAGUGGAAGCUGCAUUUAACAUCGAAGAUGGCGGGGUGAACUUGGGUCCCAGUAUCGAACACCAAUUCAUUCCAAGCUUCAAUGGGCGAUCACCGCUUCAUUCUGCUGAAGAUCAACAUGACAGGCCAGUAGUUUAUCAGAACCUCUCAGCUCUGAGGAGUGGCUCUGAUCAUGAAGAGAUUGCCUUUUCUCUGCAGCUGGGAGGCCAUCCAUCCAAGAGGAGACGCUCUGAACCUUCUACUCCCAGUAAAGAAGAACAAAAAUGAAAUUGGCAUUUCAUAAUUAUUUGUUUCCAGUUAUGUUGUUUGCUUGGGACUCAGGCAGGCAGCCUGUGCAAGACUCUAACAAUAUUCUCUCUUUUUUAAAUAUAACUUUUUCACAAGUGUGUUUUCCCCCUUAA